UGAUAUAAAUAUCCACUACAAGCCCAAACUCUAUACAUCAUUAUAAUUACUCAACAUAGAUUUAUUUUACAAUAGAUGCAAUAAGAAAAGUACUUGCUAAGGACCCCAUUGAAACUUUCUCUGCUAUUAAGUUAUCAGUACAGAUGUAUGCUGAGGUGGAUCCAUCAUUUACUCAAAAAUAUUACAAUCAACUCAAGGGUUCAUGGUAUGUUCUUAAUCAAGAUGACAGGGGCCACCUCUUAACUUGCACCAAAAGUUUUCUUAAUCCUCUCUUGACUAACGGAUGGAUUGAGGUUAAGCUCUUCAAUGAGUUUCCUGAAGAUGUAGAAGUUGUCUUUGGUUAUUAUGGAAACAAUAUGUUUGUUGUGGAAAUGUUCAAGGAGGUGACUGACCAUAGUGAACUCCCUAAGUGGCAUAGUCGCAGCACAGUACCUCAUCAAACUGCCUACUGUGACACUACACUUGAUGAACAUGACUUUCUCAGCUCAAUGAAGACAGUCAACGAUGAUUUUAGCCAGAUUCUGAAACAAUAUUGAUACCAGGGUCUCAUAUUUUGUGGCGAUAGUGGAAAAGAAGAAAAAUUUGAAGUUUACUUUCUCAAUGAUGGAAAAUUGACAACACAAUUUGGAACCAAGUGGGAUCAUUUCUGCAAAGCAAACCGAUUCAAAAUUGGCCAAACUAUCCGCUUGAAAUUGGACCUUUCCGAUAAUGUCAAGUGCCAUGUCUACCAAGUUGCUUCAACAUCUACAUCUAAUGCAUCUGCCUAAGAACUUCUUCAAUGUGUUUCAUCUACUACUAUGUUUAAUCUUCACUAUGUAGUGUGUUUAAUAUCACUAUAUUUUAAUUCCUGUCAAGUUUGUUUAAUUAUGUUGUACUCAGUUCAUCAAUUCUCUAUGUUCUAUUAAGAUUAAUCUACAUUUUAAGCUUUCA